CGAUUUAUAUAAUAUUAUAUAUAUUAUCUAUUGCAAAAAUACGAAAUGGCCGUAAAAGAGCCAGGACCAUUUAAAGAUGAACUUGAUGGCUCUUCUCUAAGAAUUGCUAUUGUUCAUGCCCGCUGGAAUAUAUUUGCAGUCAACCCUUUAGUAGAAGGGGCAAAAAAGGCUUUAAUUAAGCACGGAGUAAUGCCAGAGAACAUAUUUAUUGAAUCAGUGCAGGGCAGUUGGGAAUUACCAUUUUCUAUUUAUAAGAUCAUUGAAGCGUCAAAAUUACAAGCAGAUCAAUGUCUUAAGUCGUCAGAAAUUGAUAAACAAAAAACACCUAGCACUUCAUUCGAGCAAAAAAACGUAGAAACAUUAACACAAAUAAAGGGAGAAUUUGAUGCAGUGAUAGCAAUAGGUGUUUUAAUUAAAGGAGAAACAAUGCAUUUUGAGUAUAUUUCUGAUAGUGUUUCCCAUGGACUUAUGAAAGUUCAACUUGAUACUGGGAUUCCUAUCGUUUUUGGAGUUUUAACGGUUCUCAAUAAGGAACAAGCGCUUGAACGUGCAGGAGUAUCAGGAGAGCUUCGGAAGAAUCAUGGCGAAGAUUGGGGAUUUGUAGCAGUAGAACUUGGUGUAAAAAGAAAAAAAUGGAAAAAUGGUGAACUAUAAAGGGUAUUCAUCUAUUUUCAUGGAAUAAUAACAUACCUUAAUUAAU